AAAAAAACUAUUAUAAUUGAUAUCAGAAUGUAAUUGACAUUAUCUUCAACGUUAAUUUCACUUGAGCUAGUGAGAAAAUUAUAACAUGGUUGUUUGAACUGCUAGAAAUAGACCAGAUCUCUUAGAAAUUACAACCCACUGUUUUAAAAAGAGAAACUAUACAUUGAAUAAUAUAUAAUGAACUACUAGAAAAGUAGUAAAGCAAGACAGCUACAGCUGGAGUGCCUUUUGUCAUAUAUUUGCUCAACCUUGUCUAAGAUGGUGCUCAACAUACAAUAUCAUUAACUUCAAAUCACCAAUAUCACUGUAUCAGUUUACACUCUCAAAAAAGGCUACUAUUGUUGACUAACAGCCAAUCACUUCUAUCAUAUUUCAUGCAACAUGCUAACUAUUAUUCAUACACCAUGUGUGACAAUAUUAUAUUGUUAAAAUAUCACAAUUGCUUUUCCUAUCCUUUUGCAGUAUCGUCUUCCCUUGAAUUAAACCCUGCCCUUUUUACAACUGUUGUCCAGCAAACAUAUGUUACUUCUAACUGUAAAUAUACACCUGUCCAGUCUUCAGAAAGAAAACCUCACAAAUGCAAGACCUGUCAGGAAUCAUUCUCAGAACUGUCUUUUUUACAAGAACACAAGAAAACACAUCAAACGGAAAAGCAGUUUAGUUGUGCAACCUGCAAUAAGAAAUUUACACACAGCCAUCAACUUGAGCUACACAAACGAAUACACUCAGGGGAACAACCAUUCCUUUGCAGUUUCUGUGGCAAGAAAUUUACUUUCAGGAGUACUUUGAAAUGCCAUGAAAGGACUCAUACUGGGGAGAAACCAUACAACUGUGACAUUUGCGGCAUUAAUUUUUCUCAGCCAAGCAUUCUUUCAACUCACAAACGAACACAUGCUAGUGAAACAGAAUACAAAUGUAAGAUUUGUGCUAAGAACUUUACCAGUAAAAGUAGUCUUCAGAGUCAUGCUGUUACACAUACAGGUGUGAAGCGAUUCCAGUGUGAUACUUGUAACAAGAAGUUUGGCAUUUUGUGCAAUUUGAAAAGACAUAUGCGCACCCACAAAGGGGAGAAACCAUUUCAUUGUGAAAUUUGUGGUAAAAACUUUACUCAGAGUAACAGUCUUCAGGAACACAAGAGACGACAUACUGGAGAGAAACCGUUUCUUUGCAAUUAUUGCACCAAGUGUUUUGCACGCAAAAGAGACCUUAUACAACAUGAAAGAACUCACACAGGUGAAAAACCAUAUUCAUGUAGCACAUGUGGUAAAAGCUUUUCUCAGGUUACUUUACUAAAAACACAUGAAAGAAUGCACACCGGAGUGAAACCUUUUAACUGUGAUCUAUGUGGCAAAAGCUUUACCCAACAAAGCAAUUUGCGGGUACACAAGAUUAGCCACUUGGAGAAGAAGCAAUAUCAUUGUGACAUAUGUGGUAAAGAUUUCUCUCAGUCAAGCAGUCUUCAGCAGCACAAGAUUCGACAUAAUGGCCAGCAACCUUUCCACUGUGAUAUCUGCGGUAAGAACUUUAAUGUCAGAGGUAACUUGCAGAGACAUAGCAGAAUACACAGAGGUGAGAAGCCAUUCCAUUGUGAUAUAUGUAAUAAAUAUUUCUCUCAAAGUAACAGCCUUCGUGAACAUCAAAGAAGACACUACAGAGAGAAACCUUUUUCCUGUGAUUUAUGUCAGCAACAGUUUUUUGUGAAAAGUGCUUUAACAGCACACCAGAAAAACUGUAGUAACAAACAUGUAAUUCUGUGCCUUAUUGUUGGCAAUUAAUUUUUUUCUGAAAAAAACUUUAGUUGGUAGGUUUAAAGUAGCUUACUUACAGAAGAAAGUUAGUGAGAGCCUCUGGUAAUUUUACUCAACAGUUAAGACAGUACGGAGGGUAGAUUUCCUUUUUAAGGUUAGGAAAUACUUUCCUUAGAGUAGUUCUUAUUUAUGAAGUGCAAAUAUGACUGAAGUACAGUAUUCUUAUAUCUGAAGAUGUACACCCAUGAAUAACAAUCACACAACUACACAGUUCAUCCAAGUAACUUUCCUCGAAGAAAAGCAAGCCUUCACUCAUUAAAAUACUACAAGCACUGA